AUGGAUUAAGAAAGAAGACGAAGGUGGAUCUAAUCCCAAUAGUAGAGGCUAGAUGAUAUCAGAUCAAGGAGACUUACUCCAACUCACCAUCUCAAAAUCGAUAAUAUAAGAUUGAGCAAAACUGAAAAGAUUAUCCAAAUGAAAUAGUCAACAAUAAUUCGACAGUAGUAAUCCAUGGCUAUUGAUGAAUGUAUUUCUAAGGGAGAUUGCAAACUCAUCUUUUUACAAUAAUAAAAAGAAGACAUUGGAUUUAAGACAUUUUCAGAAAUGAUGAGAACCAAUUCCAGUUGGUGGGGUAAAGCAGAUUAACUCAAUCCUAAUGAAUCUACACUCAAAAACAGAUUACAAUUCAAUCAAUUCUAAGCUAAUCAAUUCACUAAUUAAUUAACUAGAAAAUGGACAAGCACUGUAAAUGAAGUUACAGAGUUGAUAAAUAAACAAUAAGAAUUGUAGCAGCUCUAAAAAGUUAAGAAAAUUAAACUAAAGCCAAAACCUAUUCCUUAAGUAGAGGAGGAUGAAUAACAUAAUGAUGAUACUACUAAGUAAUUUGAUCCUUCUUCAACUUCCAUCAAAGUAUUUUGGUUCAAUAUCUAAAUCAAUGAGUGGAAACCACCUGUUAGAGAAGGAUGCACUGUCACUUAUGUUCCAUCUCUAAACAAGGCCUUUAUGUAUGGAGGUAUUGGCAAUGAUUUAUUUAAAAAUGUCAUUGCUUUGAAUACACAGACAUGGGUAUGGAGAGAUAUUGGAGUUGGAAAAGGAGAAGCACCACCUGAAGGUAGGUUUGGACACACAGCCACUUUAUAUAAAUAAAGCAUAAUAAUAUAUGGAGGAGAAAAAAAGUUUAAUAACCUUAUGAAGAGAAGAGAAUGUUAUAGUGAUGUUAGAAUGUUCAAUCCGGCAGAGAAAACGUGGACUCAAUUAAAAACCAAUGGUGAUAUUAUAGAAGGAAGAAGAAAUCAUAUUGCUUAAUGUGUUGGAAAAUACUUUAUCAUUUUUGGAGGACUCAACCCUUAUGGUUUAGUGUUAAAUGAUGCUUGUGCUCUUAAUUUAGAAAAUAAUAAAUGGACCGUAUUGCAUAUAGAAAACCAAUUUCUCGAAGGUGUGUCUGAUGCUGCUUCUGCUGCUCUGUUCAAUGGAGAAGUUAAAAUGGAAAAUCCUUACUUUAGCUAUGAAUGCAAUAAGAAGAAAGGGAAGUGCCCUACUGUUAAUUAGGAGGGCAUCUACGUAUUUGGAGGGAAAACUCAAAAUGGGGAAGCCACAAAUGAUUUGAGAGUCAUUUAAUUUGGAUUCAAACCCAUUAAGAUCGUUAAAUUAAAAACCAAAGGGUAAGUUCCAAUUGCUCGCUAUUCUCAUAGUCUUAAUUACUUUUAUCAUCUAAAUGCUCUCAUUCUUUAUGGGGGUCGAAAUGAUUCGAAAGAAGAGAAUAUCCUCAAUGAUUUAUAUGUGUUGUAAUUGAUGUAGAUGAACUGGGUGCUCGUUUAAUAAAUUGGAGGCCUUAAAUAUGGGAAAUUCAAUCACUGCAGUGUUUUAAUCGAUUCUAAAAUCAUGAUUUUUGGAGGCUACACCAAGAAUGUAUAUGCCAAUGCUGACAUUCAAUUAAUCGAAUUAGAUUAAUAUAAAGUUUCUAAAAUGAUUAAAGAAAAUAAAAACAAUAACCAAUUGUCUAUAAAUAGUUCAGAUUUAUUGACGAAUACAAAUUUGAAAGUUUUUAAGACUGAAUUCUAUCAAGAGAAAGCUGAUUAAGAAAAAAACGAAACGAAUAAACAAUAUGAUACAAUGAGAUCUAGCUAAGUGAGCUUAAAGAGUUUCAUGCCUCUACCCAGUAAAAGUAGUUCUUAAUUAAUGCAAGAUUAUAAAUUAUUGAGGUUGAGAUCUAAAUUUUCUUCACCGAAUAUCUUCUAAAGUAUAUGA